CGCAGCUUGAGGCUUGUAGCCCGCGAUCAGCGGCGGCGGCGACGACGACGGCGACGACGCAGCCGAAACUUCUGCGGACACUUCCGCGACCGCGGCCUCUGCUCCAAUGCGUUAUGUCGUUACUGACGGCCGGAGGGGGAGGAGGAGGAGGAGGAAGAGACCGAGGCGCACACGUACCUCUGCAGUUGAGGACACUGGCGGCGGGUCUGCUCGCAGCGUGGCUGGCCAACCCAGUCAACAAGGAGGUUGUCCUGCAGGCUCUCCUUCCACCGCCCAGCCAGCCGCCGGCAUUGGCUCCACUUGCUACUCCUACCAUCAUCACGGCCACGGCCACUACCGCCACUACCGCCACCACCACCAGUACUGCGCCGACGGUGGCUAUGGCCACAACAUCAGCAUCAUCAUUAGCAGCAGCAGCAUCGGCUUCAGGAUUGGGGAGCGGAUGCGGGGAGCGUGCACCUCUGGAUGCGCUGCAAGAGCUGCUGACCCUGUCGCCCGCCGCGGCGGCAGAGGAGGUACGACGAGAGGCGGCAGCUGCAGCGACAACGACAAUUGGAGAAGGACCGGUGAGGAUGGUGUCUGGGGCUCUACCUGCAGGCGUCCUUGGAGCGGCCGAAGCAGCGGUGGGGAAAGAUGGGGAGGAGAAUGGCGGUAACGGCAGCGGCAGCGGCGCCUGCCAGAGGCUGGAACUGCUGCAGGCGCAGCGGCGGUCCGAUGCAGUCGCGGCGGCGGUGGAGGUGCUUUAUGCGCUGGCGUGUGGUUGCGGACCCAUGGGUCGGAGGUUACUGGGUGCUCACCCAGGGAUACAGAGCGGCUUGGCUGCCCUAGCCACAGGCCACUCGGUGGCAGCGGCCGAUGACACACUGAGAGGCUGCACGGAGAGGGAGAGGGAGGCGGCGGCGGCUGCUGGCGUGGGUCCGCUGUCGGCGGCGCUGUCGCGGAAACCGUACGUUUAUGAACGCGACUUGCUGGUGGCGCGAUGUCGGGCGACGCUGUCUGCCGCUUCGGAGGUGGCGACGGAGGUGCUGGCGGCACUGGCGUCAGAGGAGACGCAUAUGGCCAAUGUCAAUGACGACGGUGAUGAAGCCCAACAGCAGCGACUGAAGGAGGCGACGGCGGAGGACCCUCAUGACAUGCGUGAAGAGCGGCCCAGCUCAAGGAGCUGA